CUUCGUAGCUUCAUCAUAUCAAAACACUAUGGCAAGAAAUUUCCUUAAAACCCAAUUAUUCCUCAUAACUUUUAUCAUCCUUCAUAUCCUCACCACAACCAUCAAAUCACAGCCUUUUUCAAGAAAACUGUCAACAAAAUCACUUGGUUCUAAAAAAGAGAAGCUAACACACAUACAAUUCUAUUUUCAUGAUAUACCCAGCGGUCCUAACCCUACCGCGGUCCAAGUUGCCUCAGCUCCAACCACAAACACCUCGCAAAGCUUUUUUGGGCUUGUGAUGAUGAUGGAUGACCCAUUAACUAUUGGGCCCGAACCAAAGUCCAAAAUCGUGGGAAGAGCUCAAGGAAUAUACGCUGCAUCCGAUAUGCAGCAAUUGGGGUUUUUAAUGGUCUUGAAUUACUGUUUUACUGAAGGUAAGUACAAUGGAAGCACUUUGAGCAUAUUGGGUCGAAAUGCUGCGUUAACGCCUAUGAGAGAAAUGUCGAUAGUUGGUGGAACUGGGCUUUUUCGUUGUGCUAGAGGCUAUGCACAGGCCAAGACUCAUAGUCUCGAUUUCAAAACCGGGAUUGCUGUUGUUAAGUAUGAUGUUUUUAUACUUCAUUAUUAGGUUGUGUGUGUGUGAUUCUCAUUUUAUUACAUCAACUCCCAUCUUCUUCACUGGCAGAAUGGUAACAAACAUUUAAAGUUGAUUGGUGAUUAA